AUGCUGGCGUGGAGUUCAGGGCGAAGUGGCGCGGGCAGUUCCCGAUGCGUUCCCGCGAACCUGCCACCGCCUAUUCGGGAACUGUCCAGCGAAGAAGAUAGUGAACAUGACGCCCAUGGCGCGUUGCUCGCGGGCGCCGCCGCUCGAGCCCGGAGACGACACGUCAUAAAAAAUAGAAGGAAAUCCAAAAUAGCCUUCAGAGCUCCAAGACGACAGACGUCUUCUACCAGCUUGGGUGAUACCAGCCUGCUAAUAAACAUCUGGAACUGGAACGUCUUAAUCGAUCGAAAUUGUCACUCGCGGAUAGAGAAUUUCAGCGAGAAAGUCACAGGUCCUUCCUAUUCCAGAAAACAAGAGUUGUCGUGGGAUAUA